AUGAAAAUUUGCUUUUACUGCCACAUUAUUUUAAGCUACGCCGAUAACUUUGCUAACUACGGGCGUCACCGUUUUGGUCUUUGUGUACAGGAAUUAGCAUCCCAGGUGCCUACACUGAAGGAGAAAGGAGUCAGUCUCUCGUGCGGUUGUUCAGUUUUAGACUUUCAAUUGAAUGAUGUCAGCCUUUUUAGUGUUCGAACGUGUGUUGUUGUUGCUGAAGAACGACCACGUGCAAAUCUGGUGAACGCCUUCUCUCGGCUGUUCGCUCCGCUCGGUCUGUCACCGCGAGCCGUGUCGACGUCAUUUGGGUGUCGAGUGAACGCUGCGAUUUGCAUGCAGGGAGCGUCAGGUCCUGAUCCAACGAGUGUCUAUGUGGAUGCUAGAGCACUACGAAAUGAUCGAGUGACAUUGGUUGGAAAAGGCGCGCCUCACAGUUUAUUGUUGAUGGAAAGUGGAAAGCUAUUACCAGGAGUGAAAGUAGUGAUUGCGAACCCUGAGACACGAGGGCAAUGUGCUGAUUCACAUCUUGGCGAAAUCUGGGUUUCAUCUCCGCACAAUGCCAUCGGAUAUUUUACGGUCUACGGUGAAGAGACUAGCCUUCAUACCGAUCAUUUCAAUGCCCGCUUGGCUUUUGGAGACACCAUGACGAAAUUUGCACGCACCGGCUAUCUUGGCUUCUUACGACAAACGCAAUCAAUCACUGAAGAUGGUGAGCUGCACGAUGCGGUUUUCGUCGUAGGAGCUCUUGAAGAAACGUUGAUGCUCCGUGGAAUGCGUUAUCAUCCAGUCGACAUCGAAUCUACAGUAUCACGCUCACACAAGUUUCUCGGGGACUGUGCGGUGUUCACAUGGAGUCAUUUGAUAGUCGUUGUCGCCGAGUGUACUGGAACAGAAAUGGAUGCGCUGGAUCUGGUGCCAGCUGUGACGUCAUCAGUAAGUUUUUUUGUAGUCAUUUAG